UACUUUUUUAUUUUUCUUGGUAGGUAGACAGAAUCAUGAAGUUUACUUUACAGAAUCAAUAGUAUUUAACCAUCUUCCACUUUCAAAUCUGGCAAAUGCCAACGAAAACCCAACAACUAGUUAAUUCCUCAGUCAGAUAUCCGAAAUUCAACUCCGAGCAUGUCCUUCGCCAUCUCAUAUGACACGAAAGCAAUAGCUAUAGACGGGACCACCUGAAACGAGCGAAAGAAAAUUUUAAUCGGCAACGCAGUGGUACUAUACAUUAAUUUUUCUUUUUCAAAGACUUAAAAGACUAUUGUCAACCAACCCCAAAACAAAAUUGUUCGUAAGAUAUAGCAAUCGUUCCAGAACCACUUUUGGCGAAAGGCACCCCAAACGAAACUGCAGCGUCUACCCUAACCCCCAAAUCCCCAAUCCCUAACCUAGUCAGUACUCAUCGCUCCCUCUUCUCCAAAUCGCCACACCUGCCGACCUGCGCACCCAGCCAGCCACCACCGCGAAGCCUUCGGCCCGUUGCACAUCAGGCCAACACGAAGCCACCACCGACCGACUCGACACGGCAGCACAGCACCACGCCGCCGCCGUUGAGACGCCACCACCCUAACCCAUCAGUUCAACCCAGCACGGCAGCUCCCAGUCUCUCACUCAGCCUUCCUCCCAAGUCAAUAUGGAGCCCGAGCCACCGAUUCAGACAAAUGCAUUGUUGAUUUGUUGCUACUUGCUGUUGCUGGCUCAGUGGCUUGCUGUUUAAUGGUUCAUUUUAUUGUUCAGUUUAUUACUGGAUGCUGGUUAUUGAUUAAUUGUUGAAUGUUGAUAACUUGGUUAUUGAUUAAUUGUUCUGACCUUUCUCACCUCAUAACUUCAUCAAUCUUCACACCAAACAAUGCUUUAUUCUCUUCAGUGUUGUAAUCCUACAUUAGAAAGUGUAAAAUUAGGAAACCCUAAUCGACGGACCAUCGACCAUGGAGGAGUUGGAGGAAGAGCUUCAUCUGACGAGUUUGGGCGUGCGGUUUCUCGAAUAGCCGUGGCACAGAUUUGCGAAUCUGCAGGGUUUAAUGGCGUCAAGAAUUCCGCCAUCGAAGCACUUUCCGAUGUCACAAUUAGCUACCUUAUUGACUUGGGGAAAAUUGCUGAAUUUUAUGCUAACCUUGCUGGUAGAUCGCAAUGUAGUGUCUUUGAUUUGAUUCUAGGGUUAGAGGAUUUAGAACAGGUCAAGGGUUUCAUAGGUUCUGGUCAAAGUCAAUGCCUUUUAGGUUCAGGAACUGUUAGGGAUCUUAUGAGGUUUGUGAAUUGCGGUGAUGAGGUUCCUUUCGCUCAGCCAAUAUCGAAUUUUCCAGUGAUUCGGCAGCGGAAAGUUAUCCCUAGUUUCUUGCAAAUGGGGGAGGCACCACCUUCUAAGCAUAUACCGCCUUGGUUGCCGGCAUUGCCGGACCCUCACACUUAUAUUCACACGCCUAUGUGGGAUGAGAGGACUUGUGAUCCCCGGGAAGACAAGGUUGAACAGGCCAGGCAACGUAGAAAGGCUGAGAGGUCGUUGUUGAGCUUGCAGAAGAGGUUGUUGUUGUGUAGUGGUUCAGUAGAAACACGCAAUACGACUUCUAAUGUGGUUGUGCCGAGUGGUGGUGGUGCUUCACUUAGACAAGGAGAAGGUGAAGGGGGUGAUAAGAACCCUUACCUUAAGGCUCCUGUGGUUAACAAAGAUGUUUCUCCAGUUCCCUUGCCGGGGAAGCUUUCUGAUGAUGUUGAUAUGAUUGCAAAUCAUGUUUCUGUGUUGGAGGCAUUUGCUCCUGCAAUUGAGAUGAUGAGGAGUAGUGGUGUUUUGUGCGAAGAUGACGGGAUGCAAGGGAGAACAGUUCUUCCAGCUGUGAGACCUACUGUUUAUUUCAAGUUCAGGGCUGGAAAAAAGCUUAUCCACGAGUCCUUGGAUAUGAGGAAUCAGAAGAAGGAUGCUUCACGAACAGCAGCCUUGGCUGGUAGAGAAGACGAGAGGGAUGAUAAGAAGAGGAGAGCUGAGCUUAUUCUCAAACAAUCUAUGGAAAACCCACAAGAACUCACUCUGUUGUAGAUUAAUUUAUUGACUGGAUUUGUUGGAUGAUGUAGGAAUUGAGUUUGUAAAAAUGAAGACCUUCAAGGGUUAACCCUUUUUUUGUCUUAAUUAAAACCUUUUUUUCUGUGGC